AUGUCUUUAAAUGACUAUCCUGGCUUUCAGAUUAAAUCUAGUAGGGAACUACAAUCGGUGGAAGAGGAUUCGAUGAAUUCCAAUGCUGACUCAAAUUAUAGUUUUUACCCGAUUGACGAUAGUGAAAUCACAGACAUAGAUUCAUCAUGUUCUCAAUCCGACAUUAAAGAUACCCAAGUGGAGGAUGGACGCAGAUGUGAAGAUGUAUCAGGCAAUGAUGGAAGCUCUAAUCGGAUUAAGAUUCUAGGGACCAAAAGUUUGGCGGAUCUUUUGUCAGGUAAGCAACUUUCUAAAAAGUCUGAAAUUAAAGCGGGAAAAGUAGAAGCCGUAAAAGAUCAUGGGGCAGAAAAAACCCAACUUAUCAUUUCUCAUGGUUGCAAUGCUACGAGCCUGAAGAGGGACCUAGAUGUUUUAGAAUUGGAGAAAAAAAUGUUCAAGAAUAUUUCCAGGAGUCAGCCUGCAAGUGACUUUUUUGGGCAAUCGAAGCAAACUUACAAAUCGUCAAAUUUAUUUCCAGUGAACUCUAAAGAUACGAAGGAAAUGUCGAUGUAUAUGCAAGGCUCUUUGGUACCUUUGAGUUAUAAAAAGGAUGCUCAAAUCAAUGAACCAAAACUAAGUGAUUCAAUGACACCUGAUAUUUAUAACAAGUUGUUAGAGUCGAAGAUAUGUGGAGAAACUAAGAGAAAGACUUCACCGAAGGAUAUUUUCAAGUCCUUGAAGCCGAUAAGAAGAGACAGCCAACAUUUAAUUACUCUAAAGUUAAGUCCAAAAUUAUUAUCUAACGUGAAGCUUAAUAGUUCAUUCAAAACGAAAGGAAAUUACGACCUUUUGAGUUCUUCUACUGAGGUAAUCGAUUUAACAGAUUUUUUUGAUCAGAAAGGUCUGAGAACAAAAGAAAAAGAAAAAGACAUCGGCAAGUCACUACAUAAGACCAUAUCUCAAAAUACAAAACGACUAGAUCCUCCGAUUCUCAAAAAAAAUGAAUUCCACAUUGUUGAUACUUCACGGCUUCUUCACAGGAACACAGCAUUACUCUGUCUUCCUCUGAAAGUGCUUCCAGUUCUUAAUGACACCCAAAUCACGGACAAGUCUACUUUUCUUUUUGAAAAAGAAUUCCCUAACUUUCCCAAACUUAUAAUAGAGCCAUCAACUCAAAGCAUUAACAACCUAGUUUCGAAAGCAUUACCAAGCUUAACAAAAAAUUCUGCAUUAGAGUUCAUAACUGAAGAGUUUAUAUUUAACACUUCAAAUAACAACAACUCAGAACUAUGGAUAAAUUUAUUUCAGCCCCGCAAAUUAAACGAUGUCUUGAUUUCGCCAAAGUUUCGGGAAAAAAUCAGGGACUGGAUCAGAAAUUGCUUUAAGAAAUUAGAAUCCAAGUCCUUUGCAUCUUCCCGGAAUGUACAACUAAAAAAACAAAAGCAGAAAAUAGACUCCAUGGAUUUUAUGGUUGAUGAUAACAGUCCAAUAAUUUUUGAAGAAGAGCAAGAGGAAACAUAUGUUCCGUUAUUGAUCAUUCAAGGCUCGAUAGGGUCUUGCAAAUCAUCAGCAGUUUAUGCUUCUGUGAAUGAAAUUGACGGAUAUGUUUUUGAAGUGAAUUCUGGGCAGCCUCGAGGAAAAAAAGAUAUAUUUCAUAAUCUCAAAGAGUUUUCCACCACUCAGUUGGUACAUAAGCGGAGUGAAUCCCGACAGUUCCAGAAAGGGUUGGUUUUAUUUGAAGAUGUUGAUAUCCAAUUCGAUCAAGAUAAGAACUUUUGGGCUGUUGUUCAAGAAAUCUUAAAUAUUACACGUCGCCCUAUCGUUUUGACCUGUCAGAGUGUUGACAAUAUUCCACAAAAUUUGUUGGACGUUUCGAAAAAAUCAAAUUCUUUGAUAAAGCUUGACGAUGAACCUCCGAACAUUGAUUUGCUCCAGAACUACCUUUGGCUCUGUUGCAUUAGUCAAGGUUAUAAUUUAGAAUCUUUGGUGAUACGCGAAAUUCUAGAUGAGAGCUACAAUGGGACUAGCUAUGACGUGCGGAGAUCCUUAAUGAACUGCCAAUUACUUUGUCAAAGCGACAUGGAAAAGAAUGAUUCCCAAGUGAAGAAUUUGUCUUUUCAUUCAGCUUAUUCAGUUGAUACUUCCGGUGGACCUUAUGGAACACUUGAAGUCUGUGCUGAUAGAUUGGAAUGUCUCUCUGAAGCUGAUAUAAUUUCGACAAAUACAAACUCGUCACUCACUCACGAUUCCUAUUUCAGCGAAUUGUUGGGGACAUACCAAAUAAGCCAGGCAUCCAUGCUUAGAGAACCAACGUUGGAACAUGAAUUGAACGUUGGGGAUUAUAUAUUAGAUGUUUUAAAUAUAGGUGAUAAAGAGCCUGCUAAUAAGCUAUCUUUUAAUCAAACCAGGGAAGUAUGCGAAAGAUUUAUUGGUUCUAGAGCUAAAAAAUUGCCCAAAUAUAUGUUGGAUCUUAAUUUUUACGGAAGAGUAACGAGAUCUUCUAGGUCAGAGAAUCAAAUAAUAAAUAGAAGUAUUAAUUCUUCCACGGGAAUACCUGAGUCCUCACUCAUCAACAAUUUAUCACAAAUUACCUUCAUAAUAGAUCUUUUACCGUUUUUCAGAAACUGGUUUAGUUUUCAAAUACUUUUGAACCAAAUGGAGCAGGAAAGUCAGAGUAAAAGUGGCAUUAGCAUAAAGAAAUUUUUGAAUUAUAGAGAUUUCCAAAUUUUACCGGGAAAUUUGAUCGAUACUAUUAACUAUUACUUGAUAUAA